AUUUUACAUUAUCGGGAAUCGCGCGGAGCUCCGCCGGGGACGAUUUACCGGUCUCAUCAUACCGAACCUACGCUCACACUAACCCGAACAACCCGGAAAAACACCGUCAGAUUUCUGGAGACAUGGCCACAGAACAUAUUAAUGGGAAUGGUACAGAAGAACCAAUGGACACGUCUGCUGCAGUUACCCAUUCUGACCACUUCAACACUUUAUUAGAAGCUGGUUUACCACAGAAAGUUGCAGAAAAGCUAGAUGAAAUUUACCUAGCAGGUCUCCUAGCUCACAGUGACCUGGACGAACGGGCCAUUGAAGCGCUGAAGGAGUUCAACGAGGAAGGUGCACUGCAGGUUCUCGUGCAGUUCAAAGAGAGCGAUCUAUCCCAUGUGCAGAACAAAAGUGCCUUUCUCUGUGGCGUUAUGAAGACCUACAGACAGAGAGAGAAACAGGGGUCCAAAGUUGUAGACUCCAGUAAAGGACCGGAUGAAGCGAAAAUUAAAACUCUGCUUGAGAGGACAGGCUACACCCUUGAUGUCACUACAGGCCAGCGCAAGUAUGGCGGUCCUCCCCCUGAGUCCGUCUACACGGGUGCUCAGCCCAACAUCGGAACAGAGAUCUUUGUAGGGAAGAUCCCGAGGGACUUGUUUGAGGAUGAGCUAGUGCCUCUGUUUGAGAAGGCUGGACCGAUCUGGGACCUGCGUCUGAUGAUGGACCCUCUGAGCGGCCUGAACAGGGGAUACGCCUUCCUCACAUUCUGCACUAAAGAGGCUGCACAGGAGGCUGUCAAGCUAUAUAACAAUCAUGAAAUUCGCUCUGGCAAACUCAUCGGCGUGUGUAUCUCGGUCGCAAACAACAGACUCUUUGUGGGCUCCAUCCCCAAGAGCAAGACAAAGGAACAGAUUGUAGAAGAGUUUUCCAAAGUCACAGAGGGUCUCACCGACGUGAUCCUGUACCAUCAGCCCGAUGAUAAGAGGAAGAACAGGGGCUUUUGUUUUCUGGAGUAUGAGGACCACAAAACGGCAGCACAGGCGCGACGGAGGCUCAUGAGCGGGAAGGUGAAGGUCUGGGGCAAUGUUGUCACAGUCGAGUGGGCCGACCCUAUCGAGGACCCUGACCCGGAGGUCAUGGCGAAGGUGAAAGUACUGUUUGUCAGGAACCUGGCCAACAGCGUAACGGAGGAAAUACUUGAAACAACAUUUGGCCAGUUUGGAAAACUGGAGCGAGUGAAGAAACUUAAAGACUACGCCUUCAUUCACUACGAUGAGAGAGACGGUGCGGUGAAGGCCCUGGAGGAAUUGAACGGAAAAGAUUUGGAGGGAGAGAACAUCGAGAUUGUGUUCGCCAAACCACCAGACCAGAAGCGGAAAGAGAGGAAGGCACAGCGCCAAGCAGCGAAGACACACAUGUAUGAUGAUUACUACUAUUACGGCCCCCCUCAAAUGCCACCUCCCGCCAGAGGCCGGGGCAGGGGUGCCGGUCGCGGCGGUUACGCCUACCCGCCCGACUAUUAUGGCUACGAAGAUUACUACGAUUAUUAUGGUUACGACUACCAUAACUACAGGGGUGGCUACGAUGACCCGUACUACGGCUACGAUGAUUUCCAGGUGCCCGCUCGAGGCCGUGGGGGGCGUGGCGGAGCGAGAGGCGGGGUGUCUCCGGUGCGCGGCCGAGGGGCCGGCGCUCCACGGGGCAGGGCGGGCUUCACGCAGCGCGGCGGUGUCGGACCGGGAGCGAGCAGAGGCCCACGGGGAGGAGCCAGAGGCGGGGUUCUGCCGAGAGGGCGCGGGGUACGUGGUGCUCGGGGUGGACGCGGUGGAAAUGUAGGAGGCAAGCGCAAAGCCGAUGGCUACAACCAGCCAGAUUCCAAGCGGCGCCAGACCAUUAAUCAGAACUGGGGCUCGCAACCCAUUGCACAGCAACCCUUGCAAGGUGGCGAUCAUUCUGCAGGGUAAGGGGCUGGAGGCGGCUCUUGACACGUACCAGUGAAGGCCGAGUCGCUCUGUGGGGUGCUGCCGGUGGAUGCGAUGGUAAGGUCCGUUCCACGGUCCGACUCGGUUCCUGCCUUACGGAAGCUCCCCGUCUGCCUCCAGGAUUGCCGUCAGAGCCACCAUAAGACCUGUUUGGACUUUGAACCGUAAUGCCACUACAGUAACUUCUGGAGGUGGAGAUGCCCAAAGGACGUUUCUCCUCGACGUGAAAUGUAUUUUGCACUUUGUAGAUGUUUGAAGUGGCUUGGAGGUGCUGUUGGUGUAUAUUAUUGUGCGUUUUUAACCACGGCUUGGCAUGUGUCGAGUCUUGCUUUGUUUUUUAUUUGAUGUGUUUUUACCACCUGGCGUACUUGGCCAGGCAUUCCAGGUCAAUGGUUCCUCUUGGAACCUUUUUUUGCUUAUUUUCUUCAGUAAGUUGAUGUUAAAGGGUGGGUUAACUACCUCAUCGUGGAGGCUGAAACUGCCCUGUCUGUGCUGUACAUAUGAUGUAAGCAGGGCUUUUAAUAUUCCACACUUAUGCACAAGGGCCGCAGCAGAGCCAAUGUACUCAUAGUGUAUUAUAGUCCUUUUGUAUAGCGCAGAACAGUCAGACUGGACAUGUGUCUGAAACUCAUAUGAUGAGUCUAAAGUCACUGGUUUGUUUUCUGUAAAGGUGAGGAAAAGCUACUUUUUAAAAGCUUGAGCUAUUUUCUCAAGCAUUUUGUAAAAAAUCCGCAGCUUGAUCAGUUUUUAAUCGACAUCAUCUCUUUUGUAUGCCGUGUCACAGUUUCAGAGGUAAGUUUAUAAAUGUCAUGCACUAGAAUGAGACGGCCCAUCAGAUCUCACAGGACCGAGAGGAACUCGUGCUUCCUUGUUCUCCUCUCAUCAGAGGCUUGAGGUCAGUCUCCCUGCCGCUCAUCUUCAAUCAGACUGUUGCCAUAACUCUUGAGUCUGUUGUGUGAGCUGUGCUUGGGAUGGACAGGAAGUGAUGUCAUGUAACUGGGCACACCAGAGCUGCCUUUACAUCACAUUAAAUGUGAUGACUUAAUGAGAUAUGCAUCAUUGUGGCCAUGUGAUUGGUGAUUUUAAUUCUGUCUCUCUUACAAGUACAGGGUUUAUAUCUUUGAAAAGGGAUUUUCUUUUGCAUCUGAUAACAUUGACUGAAUUUUGAACAUGACUGACUGCCACUAUUUCUGUAUGAUCGUGAAGCCAUUUUAUCAGAAGUGGUGUUUGUUUUGAAUUCACAAUACUGCUGCAUUAGUGUUUGCAUUCCUGCAAAUAAAUUUUGUUACUGAA